UGGCGGCCAUGGCCGGCGGGUACCAGCUGUGGGCGCCCUGGUCGCCGCUGGACGAGUCCCUGCAGUGGCUGCGGGGCGCCACCCCCCGGCCGUGCACCAAGCACCCGUUCCGGGCGGCGCCGCGCGGCGGCGGCUGCCCGCAGAGCGCGGCGGCCGACCUGGAGGUGCAGCUCUGCUUCCAGGGGCUCAGCCUGGUGCUGGAGCCGGGCGCCAAGGGGCCCGGCCUGCCGGCGGGGGAGCCGCGCCGGAGCGGGGCGCUGCGCAAGCCCCAGGCGGUGCGGCUCAGCGGGCUGGACUCGGUCUUCGGGCGGCUGGUGACGGCGCAGCCCCCGCGCUGGACCGGCUCGUUCCGGGUGUCGGAGCGCUCGGCUUUCUGCCAAGUGAUCAGCCCCCGGCAGCGCUGGCCCCGCGGGCUCCGCGAACCGCAGGUCCGCCUGGCCGUGGCCAUGUGCCGCCAGAUGCUGCGCGCCAUCCUGCUGCUCUACGCCGCCUACAAGAAGUGCGCCUUCGCCCUGCAGCACUCCCGCUGA